UGCAAUAUUAUUCUAGAGAUACAGAAAAGAUGUCUUCCACCGGUGAACUUACUUGUACUUACGCUUGUUUGAUCCUACAUGAUGAUGGCAUUCCUAUUAAUGCCGAGAAAAUUGGUACACUCAUAAAAGCAGCAAAUUUGAAGGUGGAAUCAUACUGGCCGAGCCUUUUUGCAAAACUUUGUCAGAAGAUGAACGUGGACGAACUUGUCAUGAACGUCGGCGUCGGCGUCGGCGGAACCGCGGCUUCUACCGCCUCUGCUCCCGCUCACGAUGCCGCCGCUGCACCUUCCGCCAAUGACAAGAAGAAGGAAGAAGUAAAAGAAGAGAGUGAUGAUGAGCUCAUGUUCAGCUUGUUUGACUGAGCGAUCCUCAACUUGUAGGCUCUUUAGUAUAUAGAGAAUUAUUGCUGGAUUAUUUUAAGUUUUUAAUAUUGGGGCUACUUUAUUAUUAUUUAA